AUGGCUAUGUAAUUAGAUUAAAACUAAUUAUCUGAAGCAAUUUAGAAAUUAGAAUUAUUUUUUAGUUGUAGAUAAUUAGAUGAUUUAGACACAAUGAGUGUAAGUGAUCCAUACAUAGUUCUAUUUUAAAAAACUAAUUAAAAUAAUUGUAAUCAAAUUGUAGAUAAUUAAUUAGGGAGUAAAAUAGGAUAAACAGAAUUGAUUUGGAAUAAUUUAAAUCCAAAUUUUGCAACAUCAAUUAUAAUAGAGUAUUAUUUUGAAAUUCAUCAAUAUCUUAAAUUAGAAGUACAUCAUUAUGUUAAUGAAAAUCAAUCAAAAGUAAUUAGAAAUAUAAAAACUUAUAGAUAAUUGGAAUUGCAGAAACUUCUCUUGCAGCCAUAGCAGGAGCAAAAGAUCAAAUUUUAAUGGCAGAUCUGUUUAGUCUUUAAGGAAAAAAAAGUGGAAAAAUUAUUGUUAAGGCUGAUUAAGUUAAACAAUGUAAUGAUGAUUUAGAAAUCACUGUUUCUGGUUAAAAUUUACCAGAUACCAGAAUUUGGUUUUGGCAUGGUGCUUGUCCAUUCUUAAGAUUUUAUAGAUUAAGAAAAGAUGAUAGUAAUCCAAUUUUAGUUUAUGAAUCUGAAUUCGUGAAGGACUCUUCAAAUCCUACUUGGAAAACUAUUAAAUGUAAAGCAUAAAAGCUUUGUAAUGGAGAUUAUUAAAUGCCAAUAAAAGUAGAACUUUGGGAUCAUAGAACAUCAGGUAAACAUCUAUAUCUUGGAGAAACUACAUUCUUCAUUGAUGAAUUGAGAGAAUCAUUUACAUAGAAUAAACCUUAAAAAAAAGAAUUUAGAAAUAAAUAAAAAAAUAAUUCUCCAGCAGGUACAAUAACUUUUGAAAAAUUCAAUCUUAAAUCCAAAUAUACUUUUUUAGAUUAUUGUUAAGGAGGAUAAUAAUUGAAUUUAAUACUUGGUAUUGAUUUUACUGCUUCAAAUGGUGAUCCUAAAGAAAAAAACUCAUUGCAUUAUAUUUAAUAAGAUGAAAAUUCUAGUUAAUAUUUAUAAGCAAUAACAAGUGUAGUUGAAAUUUUAAUAAAUUAUGAUCAUGACAAAAAAGUACCAGUAUAUGGUUUUGGGUGUCAACCAUCAUUCAAUUUAAUCAAUACAAAUGAAACAUUACAUCUCUUUCCUCUAAAUGAUAAUCCAGAGGAUCCAGAGUAAAAUUGUAUAUAUAUUAAUUUAGAGUAUAUGGAUUAGAUGGGAUUGUAUAAUGUUAUAGAAAUGCCAUUUAACAUAUGUAAUUAGAUGGACCAACUUAUUUCCAUCCUGUAAUAUAAAAAGCAAUGGAAAUGGCUUUAGAAAGUAAACUUAAAGGAAGCAAAAACUAUUUGAUAUUAAUGAUAUUAACAGAUGGAUAAACUGAUGAUUUAUAAGCUUCAAUAGAUGAUGUUAUUGAGUCAUCUCAUUUACCAUUAUCAAUAAUCAUUGUAGGAAUAGGAAAUGCAAAUUUCAAAAAGAUGGCCAUACUCGAUAAUGAUGACAAUAGUAUGGUUAAUAGUAAAGGUUAAAAGGCUGUAAGAGAUUUAGUUUAAUUUGUUCCAUUCAAUCAAUUUAAAUAUGAUUCAUCUCUAUUAUCAAGAGAAGUUUUGGCUGAAUUACCUAAUUAAUUGGUAGAAUAUAUGGAACUAAUGAAAAUUCCUCCAUAACCACCUAAAUGUAAAUAGGGUCUUUAUUUAAAUUAGAUUAAAAAAAUCAAAUGCUAUAUUAAUAAACAUAGUAAACCCAGUAGUAACCUGGAUUCACAAAUCAAAAUUUUGUAUAAGGAUUUCCCUAGUAAGGUUUUUGA